UAUAACAUGCAUCAGAUUCAGGAUUAAAUGUCGGGCGAUCGACUAGUUUAUUCAUCCGUUCUCUUCUUCAGUGCGCUCGUGACUCUGCUGAGCUGCAUCAGCCCGGCGUCCAGUUUCGCCUUUCAUCCUCGCGUCUCCCGCACAGACGAUGCCAUCAUCAUCGAUUUUAUCAAUGUCGAAUUUGUUCCGUCUUACUACAGCCAGCCACUGUACGGCAGCAAAGUUGCCCAGCCGGGAUUCGCCCAGCAACCAUUUUUCGAUCCUUACACGACGAUUUACACACAACAGCGACCCAGUGGAUGGUCCUAUUCAUACGGAUAUCCUAGUCCUAAUAGUCGUCCUAGUCGUCCUACUAAUCCUCCACCCAAAACACCGUCCGAUGUCGAAUACGAAGAAUUCUUCAACAGUCUGCUGGCCGUCAAACAAAUGCGCAAGUGCGGCAGGGGACCGGCGCCCAUGCCCACAACAAGGGCCUUGAUAACCGAAAGGGUCGCAGGCGGAAUUGAUGCCAAUAAAGGCGCGUGGCCUUUCAUGGUAGCCCUGAAAAAUAGCGACGGUUCCAUAUUUUGCACCGGAACUUUGUUGAGUGACACCAAAGUCCUACUGGCGGCCCAGUGUCUGGAAAGAAUGUCUCUGUUUGAGAUGAAUGGUGUGACCUUAUUGUUUGGGAUGCAUUUCUCGAAUCUAACGGACGUCCAAAUGACUAGGAGAAUCGGCAGAGUUAUGCUGCACUACGGAUACAACGCCUUGACCUACGCCAACGAUAUCGCCAUCGUAUCACUGGACGCACCCGUGGAUUUAUCCAGGACUGUCGCUCCCGUUUGUCUGCCAACGGCCAGUACAGACCCCGACCAAUUCGUCGACCAACCUGCCGUGAUUUUGGGAUGGGGACGAGCCCCUGGUAACAUAGCGAAACAUCACCAGCAACUCACUGGUCAAUUCUCUGAUGAAUUAUUUCUUUAA